AUGAAGGUCAAGAUCAAGCAGUGGAACGCGGUGGCUACGUGGCGCUGGGACAUCCCCGAGGACGACGUCUGCGGCAUCUGCCAAGUCCACUUCGAUGGCACAUGCCCGACGUGCAAGUACCCUGGAGACGACUGCAGUCUAUGUAGGCCCGCCAGCUCCCCCCCCCCCCNCCGC